AUGUCGGACGAUCUUGGCCAGUACACGGCGCAAGUCGAUGCGUUCACCCGCUACCACCUCGAACAGGAACAAGGUGGCCGAGGCUCCUUGGGCCUGGGUCCCGCUCUGCCAGCUCUAGGCCAUGCAUUGUCGGGCAGCGUGGCGACCGCGUCGGCCAAAUCCCUGCUCUACCCUCUGAGCCUCGUCAUCACCCGACUCCAGGUGCAGCGCCAAUUGAGGCAGAAGGGCGAGGCGAACAGCGCGGCCAGAAGUGCGGACAAAGAGUAUGAUGGCUUAUUUGACGCCGCACGCAAAAUCCACAAAACCGAAGGCGGCAUCGGCGCUUUCUACACCGGCGUGGCGGGAGAUGUGUCGAAGGGCAUAUUGGACUCCUUCUUAUUCUUCCUGGCGUACAACUACAUCCGGCAGGCAGAGCACAAGCGCAAUGGAGGCAACAGAAUCCCCGUGGUGAAGGAGCUGGCCGUGGGCGUUGCUGCCGGCUCGUUUUCGAAGUUCUUCACUUCGCCCAUUGAGAACAUCGUCACGCGGCAACAGACCGCUGCGCUGGUGAACGCUCGCGAUCCCAACUCUGGCUCCGACCCGGCGUCGGUGCGGGACAUUGCCCGCCAAAUCUACAACGAGCGCGGUCUCGCGGGCUUCUGGUCGGGCUAUGGCGAAGCAGUCAUGCUGACCCUCAACCCCGCCAUCACUUUUGCCGUCGAUAAUGUUCUUACGCGUCUGCUCCCGCGAGAGCAGCGCGAGAGGCCCACUCCGGGCAUGACUUUCUUGCUCGCGGCGCUGUCCAAAGCCAUUGCAACCACCAUCACCUACCCGGCCAUGCUGGCCAAGUCUCGCGCGCAAGUGUCGGGCGGCAUCGGCAGCGAGGAAGAGGAAUCGCUGGAGGAGGAGAGCAUGGAGUUGCUGGAGAAGCCCAGUCUGAACGCGACGCCGCAACGGCGCAAGGUCAAACGCGGCCUGGAGCGCGUCUUUUCCAUCUUCGCCGCGCAGUACGCCAUUCUCGUCGCGCUGCGCAAGAUCUACCGUGAAGAGGGCGUGGCCGGGCUGUACUCGGGCGUGGAGGCCGAGGUGCUCAAGGGCUUCAUCCAGCACGGCUUCACGAUGAUGGUCAAGGAGCGGGCGCAGGUGGCGGUGCUGCAGAGCUACUAUCUGCUGCUGAGGCUGACGAAGCAGUGGCCGGAGGAGCUGAAGAAGGCGCAGGAUGGGGCGAGGGAGUUGGUGGAUGAGGCGGGAGAGCGCGCUUCGAACCUGGGCGAGACGGUCACCGAGGGGGCGAGGAGGGUUGCGGAGAGGGCGACGGGGAGGGAAUGA